AUGCUUAUUCUCAUCCCGGGCGUAACAGGCAAUCUAGGUCAGCAUCUCUGUCGGGCUGCUCUGCAGCAGGGGCACCAGGUCCGAGGUCUCGGUCGCAGCCCCGACAAGCUGGACCCGGCUCUCAAGUCCCAGCUAGAGUCCUGGGUGGACACGACUGGCAUCGAAGACGCUGCCUCGUACGACAGAGCCUGCGCCGGAGUCGACGCCAUCAUCGUGGCCUGGCCCGCAUACGCACGCUUCGUCGUCGACGGGCAGAUCCUCCUGCUGCGCGCCGCCGAGAGGGCCGGCGUCAAGCGCUUCCACGCCGCCAGCUGGAACCUCGACUGGGAGCACCUACCCUUGCACGAGAUCGAGACCUAUGACGCCAUGAUCUUCUUCGCAGACCACGCCUUGAUGACCAGCCCGAUCAAGCUGUGCCACACGUUCACCGGCGUGCUCGGCAAGACGCUGUUCGGCGUGCCCGGCGCGGGCAUCUUGGAAGGCAACUCGGCGUUCUGGGUCCGGGAGGGCAGUGUCGCGGACAACAGGCGCACGAUCAAGGUCAUCGGCUCCGGGGACGUCGAACUCAACUUCACCCCCGAGGCAGACGCGGCAGAGUUCACAGUCGCCCUGAUGGCGAGUGAGUAUGCCGAGAAGGGAGGCUACUUCCGUUUCUGCUCCGACUCCUUCACGCCGCUGCAACUGGGCGAGGCGUACAAGCGGGUGUACCCGGACGCCGAAGUCCUCAUUGAGAAAGUCAUGGAGCUGGACGAGUGCGAGGCCGUGAUGAGGCAGACACGCAAGGAGGCGCGCGAGGCUGGACAGCUUCAGGAGAGGCUCAUUGAAUACCUGGGCUUGGCAUACGGCUACUACAUUGCAUCGGGCAAGUUGAACAUCAACCCCGUGGAUGCAGACAAGUUCCCGGGGUGCAAGCGUACGAGCGUUGAGGAGUACAUCCGAGGCAACGACUAUGUGUGA